UCUCUCUCUCUAUCUCUCUCGCGCUCUCUCUCUCACUCUCUCACAUUUCUCUCACUCUCUCUCUCGCUAUCUCUCUCUUGCGCUCUCUCUCUCACACUCUCUCUAUCUCUUUCUCUCUCACUCUCGCUCUCGCUCUCUCGCUCUCUCUAUCGCUCUCCCUCCCCCUCUCCCUUUCUCUUUUUCUUCCUCUCUUUUGGAUUCUGUGUGUAUGUCAUGGUUACACCUGGCCAUCAGAACAUGAAAUGAACAGCUACCUGCUGUUCUUCAGUAGAGGUCAUGUGAGAGCAUCAGUCUGAGGGGUGAGAGAGGUGAGAGAGGUGAGUACCCGGGUCGACAUCUUCCUCAUCUUUCACAGAACUCUGCUUCUAAAAGACUGAAAAAAACUCCCUUUUGCUAGUAUCACAGCCGCUAGCCUGCUAGCACAUUAGCCUCCACCUACUGCUUGCAAAAUGACUAGUACUUUGCUAGCAACAUCACCGCUAGCCUGUUAGCCUGCUAGCACAUUAGCUUUCUUCUUAGAUCACACAAAAUAGCAGUGCUAGGCUAUAGGAGUACUGGACUACUGUACAGUGUUUGCAAAACUGUUGGAAAUGAGCAUUCCAUGACAAUAACUUUCUGAUUUGCAUUCUCAGUGGGAUGUAGCAUAAUUACCUUGGAACUCUCUUGCCAAAAUGGAGCCCAUUCAAACUCUAAAUCUCAAAUCUAGUUGAGCUAAAUCUGUAUCUAUAGCUCUGCAGGGAGAAGCUAGAACUUUGAGCUGUAGAGAGGAUAGGAUCACACAGACAGACUCCCUCUCUCUCUGAGUUUCUCUGAAUCUCUAGGCAUGUCUGUCUGCAUCCCAAAUGGCACCUUAUUCCAUGGGCCCUGGUCAAAAGAAGUUUGCUAUAUAGGGUAUAGGGGGCAAUUUGGGAUGCACACUAUGCGUCUCUGACCUAUUUUCUCCUACUAGCUCCAGCCAACAGAUCCUCAUUUAUCUCUGCCCACACUUCCAUCCUACUUAUCUCCCCUGCAGCUGAAGGUCUGGGGGUUUCCGGGGGUUUUGUAUUCCGUCUAAAAGUACGUUUAAUCCCUUCAUUAGCCUGGGAACGGUUGGCCACCCCUGUCAUGUGAGCAGGCUCUUUGUGUCCCCUCUGUAGGUAUAGAGAUGGACUGCUUCCCAAAUGGCACCCUAUCCCCUAUAUAGUGCAAUAGUUUUGAGCAGGGCCCGCAGGGUGUAGUAGUGCACUAUAUAUGGAAUAGGGUGACAUUUGGGACACAUGGUUUAUGUCUAGAACUGUUGAAAUGGACUUAAGAGAGGUGCUGGAGUUUCUCCCAGGAGGUCACAGUGCCUCCAGGAAGGCCUGUUAGGUUCACUGAAUAUCAACUAGCUAGAUGGAGAAAUAUCAUCAGGAAUACAGCAAUAUCAACUAGCUAGAUAGAGAAAUAUCACCAGGAAUACAGCAAUAUCGACUAGCUACAUAGAGAAAUAUCAUCAGGAAUACAGCAAUAUCAACUAGCUAGAUGGAGAAAUAUCACCAGGAAUACAGCAAUAUCAACUAGCUAGAUGGAGAAAAACUUCUGGAUGGUAACUUUAUUGCAAGAGCAAUGCAAGGUGUAAACCCAUGUUGCAACGUCAGAGUAAUGUCUCUGUGAGUGGAUUCUUACACUUUGCCUUAACACAGAUAGAAGAUCAGAGGAAGCAUACACAGGCACACUGCAUCAGUAGUCCUAGGUCAGAUCCUUCAAACACACACACACAUAUAACCUAAUUAGCUAGGGCAGUAGUUCCAUUAGUAGUUCCAUGAAGAGCCUAGUCAGUCUGUCACAUGUGAUCAAGGAACGGGCCUUCUCUCUGCCACCGUGGCAAGACUCAUUAUUACACACUACAACUAUACACACACACGCUAUCAAAUACAUACACCACCAUUUACACAUAUAAUACCAUCGCCACACACAGGGAGACACACACUCUCACAUAAAUAAAUACACACACACAAACCACAAUUUAAUGAUAACCCACAGAAGAAAUCUAAAAGCUGUGUUUUUGGUUUUACAUAAAAAUUAGAGUGAAAGGCCAACAGAGAGAGAGAAAGAAAGUGAGCAAACCAAUAGAGGGAAUAAGAGUGAGAGAGAGAAUGGAGAGAGAGCACGCGAGAGAGAGAAAGAGAGGGCGAGGGAGACAGAGAAAGCGAGGGCGAGGGAGACAGAGAAAGGCUCAUUUGAUUAGGAGAAAUGUGGGAUCAGAGCUACCCUUCUGUGUUACUGUUACAGCCGUAGAGUUCAGUUAGCCUUCCCUUUCCUGACUGGACUGUAGCUGGAGGCUAUGGCUUCUGCACUCACUAGGACUUGACUGUAAAAUCACCCAGUAUUUAUGUUUGUUGUUCCUCUAUGUUAUUCUGCUGGCUAUAUGUUAUUCUACUGGCUAUAUAUUAUUAUACUGGGUAUAUGUUAUUCUGCUGGGUAUAUGUUAUUCUGCUGGGUAUAUGUUAUUAUACUGGCUAUAUGUUAUUAUACUGGCUAUAUGUUAUUCUGCUGGGUAUAUGUUAUUCUGCUGGGUAUAUGUUAUUAUACUGGGUAUAUGUUAUUAUACUGGCUAUAUGUUAUUAUACUGGCUAUAUGUUAUUAUACUGACUAUAUGUUAUUAUACUGGGUAUAUGUUAUUCUGCUGGGUAUAUGUUAUUAUACUGGCUAUAUGUUAUUCUACUGGCUAUAUGUUAUUAUACUGGGUAUACGUUAUUAUACUGGGUAUAUGUUAUUAUACUGGCUAUACGUUAUUAUACUGGCUAUAUGUUAUUCUGCUGGGUAUAUGUUAUUCUACUGGGUAUAUGUUAUUCUACUGGGUAUAUGUUAUUAUACUGGGUAUAUGUUAUUCUACUGGGUAUAUGUUAUUAUACUGGGUAUAUGUUAUUAUACUGGGUAUAUGUUAUUAUACUGGGUAUAUGUUAUUCUACUGGGUAUAUGUUAUUCUACUGGCUAUAUGUUAUUAUACUGGGUAUAUGUUAUUCUACUGGGUAUAUGUUAUUAUACUGGGUAUAUGUUAUUAUGCUGGGUAUAUGUUAUUCUACUGGGUAUAUGUUAUUCUACUGGCUAUAUGCUAUUCUACUGGCUAUAUGUUAUUAUACUGGGUAUAUGUUAUUCUGCUGGGUAUAUGUUAUUAUACUGGCUAUAUGUUAUUAUACUGGCUAUAUGUUAUUAUACUGGCUAUAUGUUAUUAUACUGGCUAUAUGUUAUUAUACAGGCUAUAUGUUAUUAUACUGGGUAUAUGUUAUUCUACUGGGUAUAUGUUAUUCUACUGGGUAUAUGUUAUUAUACUGGGUAUAUGUUAUUAUACUGGGUAUAUGUUAUUAUACUGGGUAUAUGUUAUUAUACUGGGUAUAUGUUAUUCUACUGGGUAUAUGUUAUUAUACUGACUAUAUGUUAUUAUACUGGCUAUAUGUUAUUCUACUAGGUAUAUGUUAUCAUACUGGCUAUAUGUUAUUCUACUGGGUAUAUGUUAUCAUACAGGCUAUAUGUUAUUAUACUGUGUAUAUGUUACUCUACUGGGUAUAUGUUAUUAUACUGACUAUAUGUUAUUCUACUGGGUAUAUGUUAUUAUACUGGGUAUAUGUUAUUAUACUGGCUAUAUGUUAUUCUACUGGGUAUAUGUUUGUGUCUUGGGGUUUUCUGUACUGUGUUUUAUUAAUGGACAUGACAGUCUAAAACUACAGGAAGAUUUACUACAGUGGAUCACUGAUCUACUGUCAUUAUGUUAUCACUCACAGCUGGGUGUAAAUACUCUGCCUUAACACACACACACACACACACACACACACACACACACACACACACACACACACACACACACACACACACACACACACACACACACACACACACACACACACACACACAUACACACACACACACACACACACACACACACACACACACACACACACUGUGGUCCUUGAGUUGACAUUAAUCACAAUCCAGUUCUGCAGCCUGACUGAUGUCUGUGAGAUCGAUACAAAGUCUACCUUACUGACAUGUAUUAACCUGCUCUACACCCUGCAAGGUCCCUGACAGAGAGAGAUGAAGGGACAGAUGAAGAGAGAGAUGAAGAGAGAGAGACAGAUGGAGAGAGAGAGAGACAGAUAGAGAGAGAGAGAGAGACAGAUGGAGAGAGAGAGAGAGAGAGAGAGAGAGAGAGAGAGAGAGAGAGAGAGAGA